CGUUACUUUGCGCGUGCCCUGCUGACGACCACCCCCCCGGAUUCCGCCAUGUCGUUAUAUCUCACUCGUGCAUGAAUCUGUCUCUUACAACGAUCGAUCACGAGUACACUAACUAUCUAACAGCUAAAGUGAUCAUCCUUUAUCCCCACCGUAUCUUUCGAUUCAUCGACUGGACCCUUUUAACAAAGCACAAGCCUUCCACGAGGCUCGCUGUGUCUCGCGCGACUGCGACGGCGGCCUCCAAGACCCGAGCAUCCAGUAUUAUACCGGCCACCCCGCCCAAAUAACCUAACCCAGUAAUACGACAAGAAGAAUCACCGCUCGAUUUGCUGUCCCAAUUAUCAGCUUCCAUCAGCUCUCGCCGGCUGCUGCUGGCUACCUCCGCAUUCGCCACUUAUUUCCUCGAACCCGGUGUGGUCCAAUUCGAUGGAUACUUUGCGAUGUCUAAGUGGGAGGAAGAGCCAUGUGAUGGGCAAUCUCGAAGCCAGAGGCGUCGUGUUGAAGCGCCAACUUAGCGAUGGAGGAAUUGCUGGCGUUGUUGUCGGUGUUAUCGUGGGCAUUGCGCUCGUUGUUCUUUGCUCGUAUCCUUUUAUCAUCCGCCGCAUCAGACGCCGAAAACAAACAUCUCUUCAUGGCCCCCCCGACACGAACGACCCGGAGACUGGCGAGGUUCCAGCAACUGAAGCUCCGGGGAUAGAUGAUAAUCAACGCCGCCUGUCCUCACAAGACUCGUUCAAACCUUCGGGAGAAAAUACGCGUGGGGGAGUUGAUGGAUCUGUCAAAGACUUGGAUUGGACAGCCCACGAUGGCUUCUUGCAACAAACCAAUGGACAAGGUCAACCAGACUAUGUCCCCCGAAUCGACACCAAUCUACCUUCUUAUGGCUUCGAAAAUGCUCAGCCAGCUUCCAACGACUCAAUACCACGCUCAGCGCCGUUCGGCUCUGACGAGAAUUAUCAUGAAGAGUACAUGCCGCAGUCUAUUGGUGAUGCACCCCGUGCUGUUCUUAAUGGUACCAGUGCGGACUACUAUAGCCCAUCAGUCCCUUCAGAGGCUUUUGGCAUGUUUUCGACUGAGGAACCUCGACCUCAGCCUGAACGCUCAUGGUCGCGUGGGAGCUCGUUAAGAUAUAACUUAAAACAUAUGUUCAGUCGCAAGAGCACGCGUGAUCAAUCUCUUGGCUCACCAACAUCGCAAUCCCUGGCUGAACACCCUGAAAGUGUACCAAGAGCCCAGGAUGGAAGUCUUCAACGGAUCAUUACAGCAGGAGGACCGACCGAGUCUCCUACUGACAUGACUGCUCCGGCGAGCGAUUCUUUGCCGGUACCUUCUUCUAACCAAGCCUUGGGCUCCCCGAUUGCUUUGCCAUCUACCCUGCCAAAGGGGGCUGUGCUAAGUCCCCCAGAUUCCCCACCGACCACUUUCAACUUCAACGCGUCUCAAUCCCCUCCUAGCCAUCCCGCUCCUGGUACCGUGAACCCCAUGGAUAUCAUGCCUGCAUCGACAGAAACCGAAGUAUGGCACAGGACCGACUAUCAAUUAUAUGUAUCGCAAUCCUCACCCAACCAGCCGCCUCCCUCAGCAGGGCCUGUCACGCAUGAAGGACCUGUGGACUCACCCUCCCCAUUAACACUCCCUCCUAGUGAUCCUCAACCUCAACCUGUGCCCAUAGUUCACUCUCCUACGCCGACCCAGAGUCAAAUAGCGUUUAAAACGGAGGUCGACGACAACCAGGAUAUCGCUAUGUCUGAGAUUCCAACAACUAACCACUUGAGUCCUCUCCCUGACAGUAGUGUUCGGCACCCAAGCUAUCCCUCCGAUGCAUCCACUCCUCUACCUGGACCGGCAUUCACCAACCCGUCAUCACUCAGUACACCAGCGACACAGCUUGAUACCCCUUCACCCCACUCUGGUACAUCUUCCGACUACCAACAUAGCGUGUCACCAGGAAACGCUGUAAGCAAUCCGUCACCUAGCAAUGGUUCACAUGCAUGCGAUGAGCCUGGCUGUAACCAGGUGUUUGACCAGCCACACAAGCUCAAGCAUCAUCAACGAUAUCAUACGAAAGAUCACAAAUGCCCUUACCCAAACUGUGGCAAGGGAUUUGGGACCAAAACCCAUCUCCAGCGGCAUGUCAAUGAUCGACAUGAGAGAAAGAAGAAGUUUCACUGCGCUGUGCAAGGCUGCGACUACUCACGGCAAGGGGGCAAGGGAUUCCCUCGCAAGGAUAACUGGAAACGACAUAUGACAAAGAUUCACAACAUGGAUCAGAGACACCUCCCAGAACCUGUGGAAGUCGACCAGGAGAUGGGCGGCACAUAGGAGUAUUUGCCUGCGACAUCAGCUCAUCCGCUGUUGUAGAUAUGGAUUUUACCGUCGUAUCUUGCACUGUACUAUGUACCACCAGGGAAUCGGGCAUUGACUGGCAAAUCUCAGCGCUCUGCUGGGCUCUCUAUUUACUUUUCUUUGUCAUUUGCAGCGACUUGAUUCUUACACUCGUUUAAAGGUAGCAUAUUUGGGUAUUAGAAGUCCAGGAUUCAGCACAAAAAUCAACGUCAGGACGUGUAGGACUAUUGGGCGUUAGGUCAUGGGAAAAGACAUAUUCAUUUGACAAAGGACGAUCCAAGCGUGUUCGUUCUCGGGUAUCUAUUAAUUCGACAGUGUACAACCGAACUAUUCCAAUACAAAGA